UGUAUUGUAAACAAGCUGAGCAUGGCGUAUUUUGAAUUUUUUUUAUAAUAGGUCUACUACCAGAAAAAUAUUGCCAAAUUACGUAAAUAGUUUACCCCUCCCUCCCCACCUCAGGAUAUACCAUGACUUAAGGUAUAGUCGAAAAAGGAAAGUCUAGAAUAGCAUAAAUCACUGGUGUAGCCCUGUUACCGGGGUAAAGCAUCAGUGGAAAUGUGGCACAAGUGAGAGCCAGGCUACUUGGUCAAGGCCUAGUGGCCGACAGGCCCGUGUCAAUGGAAACAGAAAAAUUUCUGGACGUUAGGGUAAAACACCAGUGUUUGGCACCAGUGGAAACCAGGCCUUAGAAGGCCUCGUUAGCUUACACAACAUGUUUUAGAGGGUAAAACUACCUAGUGCAGCUUUAAAUACAUUCCAUCAACGUUUUAUUAAUGAAAUAUUCUAAAAUGAUGUUAUAGGUUGCCUAUUAUUCAUGCACAAUUCGCAUAAUUGUUUUUAAAAUGGUAUUAAUUAAGUGGUGUGUAUAAUCAUUCACAUGUUCAGUGCCAAAAACAAUGAAUUCAACAGUAGUGCUGGUUUUCGGUUUCCUUUAAAUUGUUUCUUUUACCCAACCAAUCAUAAAACCAUAAAUCAAAAACCAUGUAAUAAAGUAAAACGUCUAAUAUUGUCUUUAAUUAGCUUACAUUUUAAAUGAAUGAGGCUGUUUGGGUCUACUGAUGUAUCAAUGUUUUAUAUGUGGGGUGGAGUCCAGAAAAAUAUUGGUGUGCACUGCUUGUCUUGGGCCGGAACGGCGUUCCAUACUUCUAAUUUUAGGCAAACAGCGUUCCGGUUCCUUUUUUAGGCAAAAUAACGGUCUGGGAUAGGUUACUUUAAAACCGUACAUAUUGAUGAAAAUAGACUAAUGUGCGAUUAGUCAGUUCCUGCACAAGCGCUGUUGGUAGGAUCUAUCUAAAUUAACUUAAUUUAUUUCAUAUUGGGGUGUGGCCAAUUAAAGCGAAUUGUUUUAAUUUGAUCAAAUAUAUUUCGAAAAUCCAAGUCUAGAUCCUUCUGCUCUCUCUCACUUUCAAACACGCGUUUACUCUCAGAUACUUGAGCGCUGCGUACUGGAGAGCUUAUACGCACCGCGCGAAAAUCGUCAAUUCGGAUCAGACGAGGUGGUUUUAAAACUGUUUUUGCGCUCUCAUGCGUCCAGCUUUAUGUGGCUAAUGACGGUGAGGGGAUGCUGAUGAUUAUUCAGUGCUGUGAUACACGAGGGGAGUUUCCGUUAGAAGAGGGAGGGUGUGCCGUGCACUCAGUGAACACUGGAGAACCGAUUACAGACAUAACGCGUACAUCGACUAUUGGAUUAUUUGUAAAAUAGAACAAUUUUCAUUGAUAGACUAUUUUAUAUUUAUAUUAUUAUAUUUUUAUAUUCUUAUUUUUAUUUGAUCUAAUCUAAAUUCAUGAUGUGUUCAAACAGUUGUGGAUGCUGACGACCGCGCUAUUUCUUGUCUCGGAUCUGUUAACAUAUAAUUUCUACAUACAAAAAUGGCUAUCAACACUGACGUCGCAUUUGCUAAAACCCACCUGGGGGAGAGGGAAGUCUCACAUUCUAUGGACUUCCAAGAUACCGAGAAACUCCUGAACGCCGUGACCACUGAGCCUACUUGUGAGAACAACCUUAAAACCUGCGACUCCUCUCUCAACUUGAGAGGCAGCAUCCGCUCACUGAAUGCAGAACAAAACGGACACCAAUCGCCGCUAAAGUCGGUCUCUGCGGGGAAUAUCGAUGUCUCUCCAGCGUCCCUGUCUCGUAUGAGCUUUGGACCUCCCCUUUCACCGGUGCCACCUGUGUCCGAGCCGCCGAGCUACCUGUGGGUUGCGGUGCUGUCGUGCUUUUGUCUUGCAAUGCCGGUAAACAUAUUAGCGCUGUGGUAUGCCCACAUGUCUCGCUCUGUUCUUCAGGCAGGAGAUGUAGAAGGAGCUAAGAGGCUAGGUCGUCUAUCUCUACUACUCAGCUGUAUUGCCAUGCUACUGGGUGUGGCCGUUGUCACGUUCAUAAUAGUCUCGGAAACAAAAUGAUCAGAGCUUCAAAUUAUAAUGAAUGUGCACUGAACAGGUGCAUUGAGGAGGGGUGGAACAAGCUAAAACACCAAAGAACGAAACAUUGAAAUGUCAUGAAUGAAUUCAAGGCUACCAAGGAAAGAGAAUCCAUCACUUACAUUCUGCGAGAAUCUGGUUUGUUGUGAUCCAACGACCAAAGGAAGGAAAUUAUGUUUUCUACCCUCUCUGGAUCAGAAAAUGAAGAAUGUAGGUUCAGUGAAAUAUAUUUCACUGUAUGAAUGGCUACGCUGGAACAGAAUGAAGAACUAUAUGACCAGACAAUGUACCAGUAACAGUACUACACCAAUCUAUUCACAUAAUGCAUUACUAAUGUAUUUCAGAAACCAGGUACCAUAUACCAAUGUACUUUCAUGUACCUUUUCUAGAAAUUAUUCAAAUGUGCUAUCUGCUGUGGCUCGCAGUGGACUGAUAUGGCCCUUAUUUCUCCAGACUCUAAGAAAAAAUGUUAAAUGACACAAUUCCCUAUAUUGCACCAUAGUAUUGACUAGGGGCUCAUGUAGCUUACAUGGCCUGGUCAAAACUAUAUUGAAAAGUGCCAUUUGUAUUGGAAAUUUAGAGGUUUAUCUAUGACUUACAUUAUGAGAAUACUUAGAACUUUGUGAAGUAAUUCUUCUUCAUGCAGAUUGCUUGUUGUAAAAAAAAGAGAAUAAACCCACGUAAGAUGCACUUCUAUGGCGACAUAUAAAAAUACCUCUCUUCUUGUCCAGGAAUUGGCUAUAUCAAAAAGCCUUGAGAGUUGAUUUCGCAAAUGGUUUAUAGAAAUCAUGAUACCAAAUAUGUAUGUAAUGGUAACUACUACACCAUUUGUUUGUAUGCACCCUGUCCUCAUGUCUGCAUAUUUAUUUCAUGGUUAUGUGUGCCAUAUUUUUGCACGUCUGAAAUAAAGUUGAA